AUGAAACAAAAGAGAGGAGAACAGAGAAGUUACAAAGAGCUCAUUCUGCUUGUUAUGGAUUCUAUCAUUACGUUUCUCCUUCUCUUUGCAUUUUGUACUGCUUCAGCUCAACAAAUGAAGUCCAAUGUAAGCCGAGGCUCUUAUCUAACACCCGGCAUCAACUCUACGUGGGUAUCACGUUCUGGUCUCUAUGCCUUUGGAUUUUAUAAGCAAGGCAAUGGCUACGCUGUUGGUAUUUUUCUUGCUGGAAUUCCUAAAAGAACUAUUGUUUGGACUGCAAAUCGUGAUGGACCUCUAGCCACCAGCAGUGCUACCUUGAAUUUUUCUAGUGAUGGCACGCUUGUCCUGCAAUCGACACCAGAGCAAACGCCAAUCAUCAUAGCUGAUUCUCUUGGGUCUGCUUCAGCUGUCAUGCUUGAUUCAGGAAAUUUUGUGCUCUAUAAUUCCGAUCAAGAAAUGCUGUGGCAGAGUUUUGAGCAUCCGACGGAUUCCCUUUUACCCGGUCAACGUCUCUUAGCAGGUACGGAGCUGUUUUCUAGUAUAUCAGAAACUGAUCACUCAACGGGAAUCUUUCGUCUUAAGAUGCAACAUGAUGGAAACCUUAUUCAGUAUCCGGUGGAUACUCCCGACACCGCUCCAUAUUCUUACUUUACAUCCUGGACAGGUGGAACGGGUGAGAACGUGACGCUAAACCUUGAUACUGAUGGUCAUCUUUACUUGCUCAACACUACUGGUUCUAUCAUUAAGAAUCUAACUGAUGGAGGAUAUCCUACGGAAGAAACCAUUUAUCUUAUGAGAAUUGAUGCAGAUGGGAUAUUCCGACUGUACUCAUAUAAGUUGAAACAGAAUGGAAACUGGUCAAUUGUAUGGUCAUCUUCCAAUGAUUUGUGUGAUCCCAAGGGUCUCUGUGGAUUAAACGGGUUUUGUACUCCAAGUGACAAUCAAGCUCAAUGCAAAUGUCUUCCAGGGUUCGAGAUGGUACACCAGGGGAACUGGACUGCAGGCUGUGAGAGAAAUUUCAAUGCUGCAGAUUGCAAAAGUAAGAAUGAAUACAAUACAUACACCAUGCGCGAGCUGCCUAAUACCGCAUGGGAAGAUAUUUCGUAUUCUGUUUUGUCAUUUCCUAUCAAAGAAGAUUGCGAACGAGCUUGCUUAGAGGACUGUAACUGUGAAGCUGCGCUAUUCAAUGACAGGAAGUGCAGAAAACAAAGGCUCCCAUUGAGAUACGGGAGAAGGCAGUUGACUGAUUCAAACAUAGCUUUCAUCAAGGUAGGUAAAUCGAUGCCCGCUGAUAUGCCGAAAGACAACCAGAAAGACCCUCGACUGGAAAUUCUAAUUGUUGGUGCUGUCUUUCUUACUUUUGGAUGUAUGAUGUCGGUAGUUUCCGGAAUUGUGCUCUACAAAAAUCAUUUCUGGUAUAGGAAGCUCCCGUUUAAUGGAAAUGUCGAGCUGAGCGACGAUGUUGCUCUGCGACGAUUUACUUAUCUUGAACUUGAGAAAGCGACCGAUGGCUUUAGGGAAGAGGUUGGAAGAGGAUCAUUUGGCACAGUUUACAAAGGGGCAAUACUGAAUGGCCAGAAGGUUGUGGCAGUGAAGAGGCUGGAAAAAGUGUUGGCUGAAGGGGAAAUAGAGUUCCAGACUGAGAUGAAAGUGAUCGGGAGAACGCAUCACAGAAACCUGGUCUGUCUACUUGGAUAUUGUCACGAGGGAACUCAUAGGCUUUUGGUAUAUGAGUACAUGAGCAAUGGAUCACUCGCAAAUGUACUUUUCACACCAGAAAAACAACCUUGUUGGGAAGAAAGAACGGGAAUUGUUCGCGACAUAGCAAAAGGAAUCCUUUAUCUCCACGAAGAGUGCGAGCGACAAAUCAUUCACUGUGACAUAAAACCCCAGAACAUUCUCAUGGAUGAUUACGGGCGUGCAAAAAUCUCUGAUUUUGGAUUGGCAAAGCUACUGAAGCCAGACCAAACUAGAACCUUUACCGGCAUUAGAGGGACAAGGGGGUAUGUUGCACCGGAGUGGCAUCGGAAACUACCCAUCACAGUCAAAGCAGAUGUUUACAGCUAUGGAAUUGUGUUGUUGGAGGUCAUCUGUCGACGAAAGAGUAUGGAUAUGAAUCUACCAGAGGAUAGAGCUAUUCUUGAAUUGUGGGUCUACCACUGUUUCGAGGCUGGCGAGUUGGAGCACUUAGUCGCGCCGGAUGAUGAGGUUGACAAGAAACAGUUGGAGAGAAUGAUUAAAUUAGGACUUUGGUGCAUUCAGGAUGAGCCAUCACUCCGGCCGUCGAUGAAGAAAGUUCUACUUAUGCUGGAAGGUACUGUAGAUAUUCCAACCCCUCCCAGCCCUACUUCUUUUUUCAGUGUGAUUUAGGCUAGCUAGGGUUGCUCUCCACUGACUUUGCCUCAUAGUUUCUACGUCGAAGUGUAGUUUUUCCUACAAGUUUUACUUGAUCUAGUUAAUUUUCCUACAAGUUUUACAGAUGAAUA